AUGGUAUUUCAUAUACCAGAGGCAUUGACUGAGGAGGAACAAAUGCUAAUGGCAAAAUAUGCCAAAUUAAAGAAAAAGAAAAAGCAAGUUCAAGCACUUAAACUCAAACCGGAACCGGAAAAGCCUUUACUUUUUUCGAAGCGACCAAAAGACGCAAAAGAUGCUAAGGAAGUUGCACGUAAAUUGAUUAAAUCAGGCAACAUAAAUCUCCCGAAGAAUGAUACACUGAAUGAAGUGAAAUUCAAAAGACCAAACUUUUCACAGGACAGGAAAAAGGCACAAACCAUCGAAACAACAAAUUAUCAUCCUUAUUCAUCAACAGAUCAAGAAGAGAAUGCAUCAAAAUCCCCAUUACCUGGAAUUGAAAAAACGGAACCACCAAGCAAUAGAUCCAUUUCAUUUCUUUAUCAACAAAUUGUUCAAGAAAAGGAACCGACUGAGACGAAAAAGCAAAGUCCACAACAAAAGGAUAAACCUAAAACUGGGUUUACAGUUUAUGUGUCAGGCAAAGCGAUUAGUGAGGACUUUUUGAAGAAGCACUUUAGCGAGUACGGUACUAUUGUAAAUGUCUCAAUGGAAAUUGAAAAAGGACGUGGCUUUAUUACAUUCUCAAAAACAGAAGCAACUUCUAAUGCCAUUACUGAGAUGCACGGAAAGAUCAUUGAAGGAAUCCAGCUAACAGUAUCUCUUGCAAGGAAGCAGCCACAAAUUGAGCCAAUAAAUGACGCGUCAUCCUCAGCAGUCUGGUCAACAUUGGCAACAAGUCAGAGUCAGAAAGGAAAUCACAAGGACAAACGUGAAUUAGUCGUGUAUGACGACGUUUUUGCAUAA